AAUGCAUAAAUUUGCUAGCAAGAGCAGUACACUGUGUAUAUCCCAAAUCAAUGCAAAUGAUCCUUGUAGAUGGGUUACUGAACCUGCAGAGAGCCUCACUACUGAAAAUCCAUGUUCUGGAGUAAGUCCUCGUACAUUUGGAGAUCCUCACUUUGAGCAAAAAGUAUUUGAUAGUGUAACUGGAGAAAGUUUAGACAUUUGCUAUGAUGUGACUGGCUCAAGUGGACAAAUAAUUAAUGUACUAGAUGACAAAUACUCCAGAACAAAGGUUGAAGGAAUCCUUAAAGAUGACUACUAUUUUCACAAGGCUAUAAUUACUCAUCAAGGAAAAAGGUUUGUUGUUGAUGUUGAUUACAUAACUCUACCUGAACAAGAAACAUAUAAGUGGGAACCUACAACAAAAGCUGUUUACAAAUCGUUGUUUUUUUCAAUCUCAAGGAAUGAAGUAGUAAUUGACACUUCACUUGGAAUAUAUAGUAUUAGAAUUAUUAUUCAGAAGGCAAACAAAUCUUUAACAGGAACUUAUCUGAACAUAAAUUUUAGGGGUUUGAGAUCUGACCUGAAGAGAUAUGGUGGAAUUAUUGGAACAGCCAACAGAAAGAAUAUCAUAUUAUUGGAUUUCGUUCAGAGGAAUGAGAAAACUACAUUCAAAAUUGACAACAAAAUUGUAACAGCUAGACUUUCAAACAGAUUCUCACACAGCUGUUAUCUUUUUAAUUUGGAAGAUAUUUUCACACAAAAUGAACUUUAUAAUUUAAUGUAUUUUAGAAACUAA